CUUCCGGCUCAGUUGACUAGUUUUUCCGGUUCAAACCUGCUUCGAACUUCAUACACCAUAACAGAAGCCUGGUGCGUUCAAGUUGGAUAUAUUACCUGAUGUAGUGUCAGUAUUAGCUAUUUUAAUUAAUCGAGUUGAAGCUAAGGCGUUCAGACAUGGCUGGUUUACCACCCGGAGACCCACAGCUGGUCUCAAUGAUCGUCAGUCAUUUGAAGACUCAGGGUCUGUUCGACCAGUUCAGGAGGGACUGCCUCGCAGAUGUUGACACAAAGCCGGCUUACUUGAACCUUAAACAAAGAGUGGACAACUUUGUCUCUAACCACCUGUCUAACCACACAUGGAGCCCUCAUUUGAACAAGAACCAGCUGAGAAACAACAUCAGACAACUUGUGCUCCAGUCUGGGAUGUUGGAGCAGGGAGUAGACAGGAUUGUGGCCCAGGUGGUGGAUCCUAAGAUCAACCAUAUCUUCAGGCCUCAGGUGGAGAGGGUGGUUCGUGAAUUUCUGUCACCUGGCAGCUACUCGGAGGAGCCGCCAGCCCCACCGCCUUCAGUGGAGCCCAAACCAGACAGCAGCGUUCCCGAGCAAGCCCUGUCAUCUGCUCCAGCGACCACUUCAGCCAGUGACGCCAUGUCCAUCCUGGACACCAUAACCUCUCUCAACCAGGAGGCCAGCGUGAGGGCCAGCACAGGCACAGAUAAAGGACGUAAAGGCCAAGCUUUAGAUGAGUCCAUGCAGCUGGAGGAGGAGGGCGAGCAGUGCUUGAGCGUUGUUGAGGAAGGAGACGGCCACCAUGACGGGAAGACGCCAGAAGAGGCAGAAGAGCUGGCAGCAGAGGUCCAGGUGUUGGAUGUGAAAUCAGAGGACGCUCAGGAGCAGAUGGAUGUGGAGAAAGAGGGUUUAAUCGAGGAGAUGAAGAUGGAAGAGGAGGAGUCGGGAGCUCAGGAGCUGAUGGAAGAGGAGAAAGACGUAGCUGCCUGCAAAACUACAGGAAAACUCACAGAGGAGAAGCAAGAUGAUGAUGUGCUGAAGUCUCCAAGUCAGGCCAAGCAGAAAGCCAGAGAGAGGAUUAAGGAAGAAUACUUUUUGGAGGACUCAGACCUGGAGGGCCUGAGUGACAUCACAGUGAGCUCCGUCCACACCAGCGACCUGUCGUCAUUCGAGGAGGAAAGUGAAGACGAGGAGCAGCCGUCCGAUUCUUCCGAAGAGGGGGAGCUACCGCCAGACGCUCAAGGUGAGAGAGCAGAGAAGAAACAGGGCAGCGGAGAUGCAGGAGAAGAAGAUCGUAAACCUCGCCGCAAGGCCUACGUUCACAAGCCCUUUCUCUACUCCCGCUACUACAGCGACUCUGAUGACGAAAUCACUGUGGAGGAGCGUCGGAGAUCUGCGGCAAAGGACAAAGAGGAAAGGCUGCUCAAGAGACAACAGAACAGAGAGCGAAUGGAAGAGAAGCGCAAACAGAAAGCAGUGCAGGCGGAGGAACACGGUUUUAGUUCCUACACAGAUCACAAAAAACAAAGGAGUGGGGACGCUGCAGGCCAGGAGGGCCCCAAAGCCAAAGAGGCCCGCAAAGAAAGGAAAGUUCUGGAGAAAAAAAUGGCUCUCAACAGGAAGAGGAAGCUAGACUCAAGGAAAGAGGGAGAUGUUUCAAGCAGAAAGAAAGGAGAUGCAGAGGGAACCAAGAAAGCGGAAGUGAAAUCCGCGGCCUCAAAGACCCCACUACCGAAACUGAUAAGAAAUCUGUCCGAACCGGCAUCGUCCGACGAGAGGCACAGGAGGACGAGCGGCAGCGUCUCCGAAGAUUCCUGUGAAUCCAAAAAGCUGUCUGACAAAAACCGGACACACUCAUUCAUCUUGGACUUGGAACAAGGUUCCCAAGAGGCACUCAAACAUCGAUCAGCUGGGAAGAUUGAUAAGUUAUCCCGGAAAGAAUUUCACUCUAAAGACCGCAAAGAGAAAGAGCGCAGCUCGUCAGAUGAACGUGCCAAGCUCAAACAAAAGCAGGAGAAAAAAUCCGAACAUCAGGGAGACGAAGCUCAGCAGAAGGAAGUUACUGCUCUUAAAGUGUCUUCUGAAGAGAAAAGUGAGAAGAAGCCAAAGAUUAAAAGUGAAAAGAAAAUUCCAGCAACUGCAAGAGAAGGAAAGUCGUCUGUGUCGGAGGGUGUUGCAGACGAGGGUCCUAAAGAUGCUACUGUGAAGAAGACGAAAGCUCCUACUGUGGAGGCUGUCAAAGCAGAGAAGGACAAGGAAAAGGACAAAAUUAAGGAAAAGGAGAAAGAUAAGGAUAAGAGCAAAGAAAAGGAAAAGGUCAAAGGAGAGAAAACUUUGGCUAAAAGUGAUUUCAAGCAGCUCUUCCGUCCCGAUUCUGCUGGGUCUUCUGAGGAUCGGUCUGACAUGGAGACCGGGUCCGACAGCAGCAAGAAGAAGGACAAACACUCCAAAGACAUUCUGAAAAGGUCAAGGAGCCACACUGAGGACAGGCCGGGAGACAAGCCCAAAUCUAAAACAGAUAGUAAGGACAGCGAGAAAGAAAAGACUAUAGCAGAAGAAGGCCCGAAAUCAAACAAGUCCAGCUCCGAAACUGAUCCAAAAAGGGUCAAGCCAGCAGAAAAAGGACGAAUCGUGGGAAAGUCUAAAUCAAAACCCAAAGAGGAAACAAAGACUGUAUUGUUAUCAAAAACUGAUAAUAAAAUUCAGAGUUCAGAGGUCAAAAGUGCAGGAGGUGCAGCCGUCGGCAAACCUGAGACAACAAAGGAGAAGAAAAAAGAAGGAAAUGUGAAGGAGCGGCAGAAAGAGUCAGAGGAAGAUCUCCACGAGAAGUCAGAAAUCAAGAGUACGAAGAAAAAGGUAGAGAAGAAGGAUAAAGCCCCAGAAAAGAGAGAUGACAGCCAAGAAGAGAAGAAAGCAUCCAGAGAAGGCAAACAGGAAAGGUCUGAUAAAUCUUCAAAGUCUUCCUCAGUGAGUCUCGACGCGGAGGAGCAGCCGAACAAACUCCUUCUUCUCCAAGUCAUGAGCACCGACUCUGAUCCCGUCGCCACCACCGUCACCGCCUCCUUCUCAGACGACACCUGCGACGCUUUAAGCGACAUCACCCCCGAGCCGCCCGAGUGUGAAACGGAGUCGCGGCUCAGCGAGAUGCCAGCUGUGCCGGUCGAGGCCGACGCUCUGCUGACUCUCAUGGACGUCUGUGCUUCGGCAGAGGCGAGAAUUGAGCCUGAGAGCAGCGCAGAGGACGUGACAGCCGAGAUGACUCUGCAGGAUGCUGAUAUGAAGAUGAAAGAAGCAGCUCUGACUCUGCUCUCAAUGGACCCUGACAGUACGGUGUCCUCCAGCUUACUUUGCCAGGACAUCAGGGAGGAAGAGGAGGUCAGUCAGACUGCGCCACAGCCGAUGCAAACCGCAGCAGCCGAACAGGAAGAACAGCAUCUUCCUAUGGAUGUGCAAACAGCUGCUGAAACUGAGUCCACGGCCACUGAGCCGUCACCAGGUGUAUCUCAAGAAAGUGCUGGGCCUGUUGCCAAAAAACCAGACUUUCCAGAUGCGUUUGAAAACUCAGACAAAGAAAUGGACAUGGCGAGGGAUGAAAUGUCUGUUUGUCUUGCACCACAGGAGGAUGACAAAACCUCGAAUGAAUGUCAGCCUCCUCUGAAUGAAGAUGAAGCCAAAAGUGCAGAAACUGCACCUGAAACACAGUCAGAUGAAGAAAUGGCACCACCAUCAGCUGACAAAGAAGCUGCUGAGGCUGCCAUGUCUGAAGCAGAAGAGAUCAGAGGAGCCUCAGUUGUUUCUGACGCCGCAGAACAGGCCUCAGAAAUGAAAGAGCAAACCAAGCCUGACGUCGUGGACACAAAGACAAGCCCCGAGCAGACAGAGGAAGUGGUAGCUGAGGACAGCCAGACCAAGAUGGACGUAGAUGAUAGUGAAGCAGAGAGGAAGACGGUGGAGGAAGAAGCUGCUGCAGCAGAGAAGAGUGAUCCACAGACUGCGGAAGGUGUCCCGGAGAAGACUGAGGACGUCACAGAAGGCGGAGCUGACAGUCAGUCCAAACUGGUCAAACAAAUCAGUAACGUUUCCAGCACAGACAGCCAGGAAGAUGAGAAAGGGUCCGACCUGUCGGAAAAGGAAGAGAAGACGGAGGGCAGAGGACGACGUAAGCGAAAGCUGUCCGUUCACAAAGCCGCGGCGGUGAAAGAAUCUGGCGAUGAGGGGACCGAAAAGGAGAGCAAAGAACAAGCAUCUGCGGAGGAAUCUGAUCAGAAGGAGGUUGUGGAAGUCAAAACACCACGCAGGGGUCGAUCAUCCAAAACCGACGAGGAAGCAGAGGAACCCGAGAAACCGGAGGGGACUCCGACUCGCGGGGGAAGACGUUCAGCGGCGGCGGCCAAAGAAGCCACUGCGGAUGAUCAGAAGAACGAUGAAAAUAAAGACGAGGAGAGCGCAGACAAGCCAGCUGAGAGCCAAGAGAGAACUGAGGGGGAAAGUGAGCCGAAGAAAACCGGACGGCGAAGAAGUCAAGUCAGCCUGCCGUCACCCGCUGCUGAAGAUGCUGAAGCUGCAGGAGGCUCCAAAGACACCACUGACACACGUAAACCAGCAGCAAAGAGGAGGAGGUCAGAGGAAGUGGAGGAAUCUGUGGAGGAAAGCCAGACUGAAGAGGAGGUGAAGGAGGACAACAGUGGACAGGAACAAAAUGAGCAACAACCUGAGAAAGACAGUGCGUGUUCCCCUUCAGCGGAGAGCCAAGGAGAGGUCAAAGAGGAGAUCUGCAGCGAGAAGAAGCCACAAGAUGUGGAGGCCGAGCAACCUCGCGAGGACCAAGAGACGACGCCAAAGAGGCCUGGUCGCAGGGGUCGGCCGUCGAAGGCCGCUGCAGCCGCAGAGGAUCCAGGCAAGAAGGAUAAGAAGGCCGAAGAAAAAGAAAGCGAGCAGAAUGAUGAUCAGGAGGAGGAAGAAGACGAAGAGGGUGGUGAGGAGGAAAAAGGAACUGCAACCCGAGCGACCACACGCUCAGCAUCUCGGCUGGAGGCUGAAAGAAACAAGCCAAGUAAACCAUCCACCCGGGCAAGUCGACAGAACGGUAAAGAGGAGACCGCAGCUGGCACACGCGGGACGAGGGGCCAGGCAGCGGCGGCGGCGACGGCGAAGGGGGGCCGCAAACGGGAGGCCAGCCCCCCUGCGGUGCGAACGCGGGGAGGACAGAAAUCGGAGGAGCCCCCUUCCAAGAGAGCCAAACGCUAAAACCUCUGACAGCGGUGGACUUGUUUUCUCUGCACUCCAUGUCCAAGUCAGUUUUGUUGUCGGGGGUCAAAGAGCCACAGUCAGCAUGUAAAUCUGUUUCUGAGUCAUUGACUUUAGAUACUGAAAAGCUCUGAGUCGUCUUCUGAUACUUGAGAGUAAAUCUGAGUAUGUGUAGGAAUCCCCCCCAGAAUACAUUCUGCUGCACUGCGCCCAUAUGGUUUGGAUCAGACUUCAUCAUUCCUCUGUGUAUUCAGUAAUGCCCGGUGAACCAGAGUAUCUCAGGCCAAUCAAAGGCUUAAUGUGCAGCCGACUCCUGCUUUGAGAUGAAGACGGCAAAUUGAAAUUAAGAGCGUCUCGGCUCCUGCUGAGACGCUUUCAGCCUUUACGGUCCGAACUGUUACAUGUUCAGAUGUUAAUCGAUUUGUAGAGCCAAACACUUGUACAUAGAGAUCACUGUGAAAUUAUUCAGUAUUCAUUCUGUGAAUGACAGGAGCAGUUCCCCACUUUUUUUUUGUUUUAAGUUUUUGUUUUUAUACUUAUCAUUGCAGAGUUAAGGGAAGUUUUUUUUGUAUGAUCUGAUUGAAGUAGCAGCAGUGUUAUGUGACGGACAGGAUAAACACGACAAUACGUGAACAGUUAACUGACUCGACUUCAUGACAACAGCAAAGGUGUUUCUUACUGUCUAAAUGGAAGUACAAAGUAACUUCUUUGUAAUGUUUUAGAGUUAACUGUAUACCAGUGUAACAGUGGUUGAUAUCUACAUGUAAAUGUAAAGUGUUUUUUUUUUUUCAUAAAUGUGAAAAUACUGAAUAUUAUUUCCUUUUUUUAUUGUUUAAGUAUAAAUCACUUCCGAUUCUCUACUUGUAAUUAGUAUUUCUUAGUUUUACUUUUUUUUUUCUUUUUUUCAGCAAACAGACGCACCUCUAGAAGCAAAUGAAAAUCGGUCUGUUUUUUUUAUUUUUAAGUUAGGCCACAUUUUUCCCAUUUUUAGACUCUCAUGGUUAAAACAUACACAUUUUUAUGUCUAAAAAACAUACUUGGAAGUGACUGUGUAACUUCUAGAAAACAAACCACGGUUUAUUAAACGGUGCACUG